AGUUAGAGGGUCUUCUCAUGUCUGUUCAGUUCAACUGCCCUCGGGUGCAGAGCGGUAGAGGGCUUUGGAGCUUCUGACACACAACUUAACUCUGUUUAGAUUCUGGCCAUCCGUCUCUCAACCAGAGAGAUAAAGGGCAAAACAAAAGCGAAACAAAGCAAAGCAAAGAAUCAGCUUCUGUUUGCUUGUGCUUUUCCCAUCUGGAUUUCUCUUACUCAAAAUUUGUAUCUUGUACUAUACUUUCUGCUUCAGAUUCUGAUUCUUCUGUCGAGUUCUGCGAUCACUUGAGAUUGGUCUUCUUAGGGUUUCAUUUGGUCUGUUACCUGACCUUUUGUUUCUUCAUGGAUUUUUUCUUGAGAUAGUUUCUGGUGGAGUUUACAUCUGAACGGUUGCUGAAGGAAGAAAAAAAAAAUGUAUUUGAAAAGCAGAGAGCACUCUUCAAGAACUGUUAUAUCCCCAAAAUGGACUUUUUUCCUUUGUUUGGGAUGCUUCUGUGCCGGUAUGCUCUUCACAAACAGAAUGUGGACAAUUCCUGAAUCAAAAGGCAUCACACGGACUACAGCAAUGGAAGCUGAAAAACUAAAGCUAGUUUCAGAGGGUUGUAAUCCAAUAUCUUUGCAACAGAAAGAAGUAAGGAGUGAAGCUAAGGAUAUUUUCGGGGAAGUUUUUAAGACUCACCAUGCCAUACAGACGUUGGAUAAGACUAUUUCAAAUUUAGAGAUGGAAUUAGCUGCUGCAAGGGCAGCACAAGAGUCUAUAUUGAGUGGUUCGCCUUUAUCAGAGGACUUAAAGAAUAAUGAAUCAGCUGGAAAGAGAAGGUAUUUGAUGGUUGUUGGAAUUAAUACAGCUUUUAGCAGCCGGAAACGAAGAGAUUCAGUUCGUGCUACAUGGAUGCCACAAGGUGAAAAAAGGAGGAGAUUGGAAGAAGAGAAGCGCAUUAUUAUUCGAUUUGUCAUUGGUCAUAGUGCCACAUCAGGAGGUAUUCUGGACAGAGCUAUUGAAGCAGAGGACAGAAAACAUGGGGAUUUCUUGAGGCUGGACCAUGUCGAAGGGUACCUGGAAUUGUCUGCCAAAACUAAGAUAUAUUUUGCUACUGCUGCCGCACUGUGGGAUGCAGAUUUCUAUGUCAAAGUUGAUGAUGAUGUCCAUGUAAAUAUAGCAACACUAGGAGAAACUCUAGUUAGACACCGAGCAAAACCAAGGGUAUACAUUGGAUGCAUGAAAUCGGGUCCUGUCCUUAAUCAAAAGGGAGUGAGAUACCAUGAACCUGAGCAUUGGAAAUUUGGUGAAGCAGGAAACAAGUAUUUCCGCCACGCAACUGGACAGCUUUAUGCAAUUUCAAAGGAUUUGGCUACAUAUAUAUCAAUAAAUCAGCAUGUACUACACAGAUAUGCUAAUGAGGAUGUUUCAUUGGGAUCUUGGUUUAUUGGACUUGACAUUGAGCAUAUUGAUGAUCGGAGACUAUGUUGUGGCACCCCACCUGAUUGUGAAUGGAAGGCCCAGGCAGGCAACAUCUGUGUUGCCUCAUUCGAUUGGAGUUGCAGUGGGAUUUGCAGGUCUGCUGAUAGGAUUAAGGAGGUCCAUCGGAGGUGUGGAGAAGGUGAGAAUGCUUUAUGGAGUGCUAAAUUUUAAGAGGCUAUAUAGAACUCCUUAAAAUUUAAGAGGAUGGCAAAACUAUAGUGACAGAAGCAGGUGUGCAAAUCUUUUCCUGUAUUUUUAUUCGAUUAUAGGGGAUGGUAGAUAUCAGAGGAGAGUGAGAACGAGAGAGGGAGAGGCAGAGGCUGAGAGAGCCGCCUUGUGGUCGUGUUCCAUUUUAGUAAAAGGGAUUGACCAGGAGGGCGGUAAGAAAAGAAAGUGUCACCACCCACCUUAUUCUUUAUUGCUGCUUAUAGGGCCAAUUUGUAAGUUAACAGUUCCACGCCUAUGAAGCUUAUCAUAAUUGCAAGAAAUCUUUGCAGUGA